GGGAUGAGCACUGGGUGUUGUAUGGAAACCAAUUUGACAAUAAAUUUCAUAUUAAAAAAAAAAAGCAGUGAUAACCUGCUUUGGUACUGAGUAAAUAAACAGGGAAGCCUCUGAUGUUAAACUGAACUUGUUUGAUUUUAAGGCCAAAUAAAUGAAGACUGUUUCUAAGAAAGACUCAUGCUGUGUGCAGAUAAAGAAGAACUCCUAAGUAUUUUUAUUGUUGCCUCCAGAAUUGCACAUAAUCUAGAAGAAGAUUUAUCCAAAAAAAAAAAAAAAAUCGCCACCUUGCGUAUGUUAAGAUAUUCAAGUAAAAUAAAGUCAUCAGUGUUCUAAUUCAUAGCUUUUUUUCCCUUGAAAAGGCAUAUGUUUAAGCACCUGCUUCAUUAGUUGGGGCUGUAUUUUUCAUAUUUCUGUCAGAACUCCAGAUAACUGACUUGAAAAUACAUGACUAAUAUAAUACCGUGAAGUUUAGGAAACUAGUAGUUCAUUUCUGUUGAAUUCCUUGAAACAUCAUUUGGAGUUAAAAAUUCUUACGUUGAGGCAUGGGGUUUUGUGUGUAUGUUUUUGCUGUGGUAUCUGUUACCUUGGAGAGUAAAAAUUGGUUCCCAAAUCUUUGUAGUACUACACUAUAGCAGGAAUCUCAGUGGGAAAAGACUCCUUUUUCGGUUCUCACUCUGUGCAGGUGCCCCCUGAAGAUGGAAGGGUAAUCACGUGGAAUUCUCAGUAUUUACUUCAUUCAUUCAUUCAGUAGACAUUGUUUGUAUGCCUUUUAUGGGCCAAACCAUGUAACAGAUGUAAGAAACAGGAUGUAAGCUUGAUCCUGUAAGCUUUCUGAGUCAGCUGCUUUCUGAGAAAAAGUAGUUUACAGUGGAUCUGGUUUUAAGCUAAGAGCAUGCACAAGAAACCAGAGGAGAUUCACUUAACCCAUUUUCGGGUCCAAAGAAGACAUGUGGCCCAAAUUCAGAAUGACAGGAAGAGUUAGCCAGGGCAAGAAGGGAGGACAGAGAGAGAGCAUGGGCAGAAAUCUGCAAAUGGUAGGUAAAUUCAGUUCUUUUUGUAAGACUAGUUCACUAGUAAAUAGUUACAAUCUGUAGUAGUCAUAUAAUAAAUAAAAUACUUAUGGUUGCCUAAUGUAGAUGUAUUAAUUUUGGGUAUCUUUCCUUGAUGUAUUUCUACACACUGUCUAGGCUCAUUGUUUUCCUUUUUAAUUUUGUACUUGUUAUGGUCAGUGACUACAUUCAUUCUCUUGCCAUGUGUAAUGUGUGUCUGUUUGGGUCUCCCCAAAUGCAACUUCUUUGUUGCCUCAGAGGGGCAAAUUGGAAAAAGUAAAUUGGUAAAGGUAGAUCUGGUCUUGACACAUUCCUAUUAAAUCUCUAAGUAGCUCUCCUUUCCAGGAAGAAGUGCUAGUAGGACAUGGUCUGGUCCCAGCUCCCUCCAUCCUAAACCCUUGUCCAUGGGAUGGCUUCCUUCCCAAGUGUUCACACUCAACCUAGACAGUGGUUCUGCAAACUUAUCUUUAUUCUCCAAAGCCUGUGUGCUAACUGGUGACCUUUCUACCAUGUUCAGUUCAUCAGUUUCUCUUCUCUGCUGCCUUUGUACCCUGGCCUGCUGUCUGUUGUAUGAAGUCCACUAUGCCAGAAUUAUUUGUUUACUCUCUGUUCCUGCUCUAAAUUUGAGCUCUUUGAUGCAGGACCUGUAUCCUUCUGUCUUUGAAUUUGUAUGUUUAUCACAGUAACUGUCAUGUAAUAAAUAGUCAUCAUUUUACUUCAGCUGAGCAAUGGUAAUAUUUAAACAUAUAGUUAUUGUUACAUUUACUGUCUGAUGAUUGUGACUGAAGAAAAAAGUGCAUUAAGGCACUGUUUCAAACUUUUUACUUACUAAAACUCACUUAAUCCUCAUUAAAGAAAAAGGUUAUUUUUACACUCAUUAAAAUUGUGAGGAAGAGUUUAUUCAAGACUGUUGUAAUAGAGGAGAGAGAUUGGGUUCGAUUCUGAACACAGGGACAAGUGGGGGUUUACAGCCAAGGAGCGGGGUGAAGAGGGUCAGUAGAGGGAUAAUUACUAUGAAGAGCCAUCAGGGCGGGGAUUCUUGCUAAAGGCAGGCCAAGACUCAUCCAUCAAAGGUUCGGGGAUGAGGAACUUGAUCACAUAUCGAGUGUGAGCAAAUGUCAAGGGUAGCGGGGCUCUCAGGAAACUAGCUUAGCAGGAUUCUUGCUAAAAUUGAGCUAGGCAGACUGAAGACCAGAUGGGGCCAAAGCCAAGGCCUACUUGAGAGGAGGGCUUAAAGGAACUUGAUUAAGGUGGGGUCAGGGAGAGUCUUUGUCAUUAUGGACCUUACAGUUAGGUACUAUUAUUACCAGCAUUUUAUAGAUAAAGAAUCUAGAACUUAGAAAUAGCCUAAGCAACUCAACAAGGCUCAGAGGCAGUAAGUUCCAGAGCCGGAUGCUUUCCAUCUGAUGACUUUAAACUGUUGAUUAUCUUCUGCCUUGCCUGGUGACGAUGGCUCAGUGAAAUUUUGCUAACCUACUGUGAGAGUCCACAGAAGUUUACUUUUAUUUUAGAAUGAUUUGUGGUCUCACUGCUGCCAAUGCUGUUGCAAAGCCCAUGCUUUCCUUGGAGCAACAUAGGCCUCUUGUAACAGAGGACGUUCAAGUGUUAGCACCUUUAUUAGAAUUUCACAUAGAUGGGGUGGCUGUAUAGAUUUCUAGUUUCUAUUCUCUUCAGCAGAGUAACAUUUUUCAGUUCGAUUUCUGGAUCUUGCCUGUUGAGAUAUAGCCACAAAGGAAGAAAAUAUAAAAAUUAGAAUUAAAAAAAUUUUUUGUCUGUUUAUUUAUUUUUGAGAGAGAACACACACAUGAGGGGUGGGGCAGAGAGAGAGGGAGAGAGAAAGAAUCCCAAACAGGCUGUGCACUUCCAGCACAGAGCGUGACGCGGGGCUUGGACUCAGGAACUGUGAGAUCAUGACCUGAUCCAAAACCAAGAGUCAGGCACUUCCCCACCUGAGCCACGCAUGCGCCCUCAAAAUUGGGAUUUUAGAUGUUCUGAACAUAAAAGGUGAUUUUAAACAUUAAUCAGUAAUGUGUUUCUAUGCAAAGCUCUUUUAAAAAUGGGUGAGCCAGUGAGCUUUCUGAGUCAGCUGCUUUAUAAAUGGUAGUGACACAUGACCAUUUUUGCGUGAUUUCACUCAGUUUUCUAAGAAAAUUAAAAAUCAAAUAACUUGUAUAGCUGCUGUUCUCUUUAGCAUCUGCAGUCUGAAUUAAGAGGAAGUUUCCUCAGAUGGCCAGGCAAUUUGAAGGCCGCCUUCCACUACUGGGAUCCCUUCCCCUGCAUAGCAUCUCUUGUAUUCUCUUACCCCUCUUAUAUUCCUGCCAUCCAGGAUCAUUUAGACCUUGGGGGCAUUUUGUACUUUUAUAUGGUAGUUUGUCCCUGCCAUCAUGCCUUUCUUCAGCCUAGAAUGCUGUGAUCUCUGUAUGGAUACACAGCUCCUAAUUUAAAUCACACUCUGCUAGUUAUUCUGCAAAGUGACUUCUUACGGUUUCAGUCCUGUUGGUAGUUGUUUUUCUCCCCCCUCUGAGCUUUCACAGUCCUCUGCAAGACUACAGUGUGUUAUCUCAUCUGAUACAAUAUGUAUGAAAGGAGUAGCUGUGAAUCAUUAUACCAUUUUAGAUGUUAGAGUAUUUAUAACUCCUUAUCCAACUUGUAAUUUUGGGGUAUAUUUUCUUCUAUCAGAGCAUUUUUUAUUUAAAGUUCAUUUAUUUAUUUUGAGAGAGAGAGAGUGUUUGUGCAAGCGGGGGAAGGACAGAGAGAGAGGGAGAAAGAGAGAAUUCCAAGCAGGCCCCACGCUGUCAGUGCAGAGCCCAACGUGGGGCUUGAACCAAUGAACCAUGAGAUCAUGACCUGAGCUGAAAUCAGGAGUCAUAUGCUUAACCGACUGAGCCACCUAGGCGCCCCUGCCAGAGCAUUUUUUAAAAAGAAAAACGUGGUGGACAUAAUACCAUGUAUAAAAUUCUAAACUUUUUUUUUUUGAUAAGCAUUUUUAAUUGUUUUAAUGGUCACAUAUUUCAUGGUAUAGAUACAAUAUCAUAAUUUACCUAUAUUUUCUACCUAAUAAUGUUCCUAUGCUAUCAAACAUUUAAGUUUAUUUCAGUUUUUAAUUGUUCAGAAUAAAGUCACAGUGAACACCUUUCGGACAUAUAGCUUUGCAUUUUGGAUUAUUUUCUUCGGGCAGGAAUCGAAUUAUUAGGUACAUGAGUUAAGAACAUUUUUCCCCCCUCUUUUUUUUUUUUUUUUUUUUUUUUAGUUUAUUGAUUUAUUUUGAGAGAGCCAUAGAGAGCGUGAGCAAGGGAGGGGCAGAAAGAGAGGGAGAAUCCCAAGCAGGCUUUUGGUCGGUAUGUAGAGCCUGACAGGGGGGCUUGAACUCUGGAAACUGUGACAUCAUGACCUGAGCCCAAAUCGAGAGUCAGAAGCUCAACCAGCUGAGCUGCCCAGGAGUCCCUUUUCCCCAUUCUUGAUACAUUUCUUGUCCCCUUGCUUUUGAAAGGAGUUGUAAUAGUUCACCCUCCCACCAGCAGUGUGAGAGGGCUCUCUUUGCUCUGUGGUUAUUAACAUUGGAAAUCUGAAUUAAUAAACUUAUUUAUUUUGAGGCUUUACUUCAUUCCUUUGUGAUAAGUUUUGAAGCUGGGUUGACCUUAAGUAAAUUGGCUCAAAUUCUCAAGUAAAAUUUCCCUUAGACAAAACCUUCGUAAGAUCCAUUUAAAAGUUGGGAUGUCAAGAAAAUAAAACCUUUGUCAGAGAGGGAAUGAAAGGUUAGUUUUAUAAUGUCCACAUCUAGAUGAAUGUUAUUCAGUGAAAUACAUAUUGAGUGAAUUAACUUUUCUUCCCUUCAGUAACAACAGUUAUCUUUUCAAAAAUCUUUUGAAUGUUAUUUGGAAUUAUAAAGCUUAAUAGCUCUACUGGGUUUCACAACAUUGAAAUUAAAUGCAGUCAACAUUAAGUGUGCAAACGUGCCUAAAAUGUAAUUCUAGAUAAACUGAAUUGUAAUCCACAUUUUGAGUAUAAAAUUGGCUUCUCCCACAUUUUUCAUAUUAUAAAUAGAAGUGAGCCUUUUGAAGGAGAAUAUGAAACUGAGGAAGUCUGGGAUUUUCUUCUUUUGUAGUCCUAUUCCAGAUCACAAUGUAUUUGUGAUUCUUUUUAACAGAGACUUCCAAACUUCCUUUCUGUACUGCAGUGAUACAGCUGGAUCUACUUAAAGUAAUUAGUGAAAUCUUCAGUAAAUGAUGACCACGAUUCUUUUCAGCUUUUCUCAGGCUUAAAUACAUUUCAGUGUAUCUCAGUCAAGUGGAGUGAAAUUAAAGAUUUGAAUCGUGUAUCUCUUGCCUUCUACAGCGGUCUGGUUUUCUGUUAGCUACAGUCUAUUUAGUGGUUUAGUGAUGCUAAUGUUAUUGAACGGUUUUUAGUCCUAAAACUUCCUAGUGAUGAUAAAUCUUACCCUGCAUAGAAGUCCCCUGGGUCACCAGGGCGAAGUUGGUUUUAUUAAUGACUGCAUUGUCGUUUGCUCUCAUUCAUGACACUCAGUGACUUUUCAUUGAUGUUGCAGUACAGUUUUUUCCCUUGGACUUCGCCCAUUCUUUACACAUUGGUAAAUAAGCUUCAGCUGUAGCAGGAGGCAGCUAGCAUCUAUGUGUGGAUCAGAUUAUCAAUAUGUACCUAUGUAGAUUUCCUUUAUCUCCUGAUUGGGCAAGCACUUAACUGUCCUUAGCGAAAACUCUAAGGGAUUAAAACACAUUUCCAUUGAGUUUUCCACUUGCUGGCAUCGGGAGUUCGUUAUGUUGGACUGGAGGGUCUAACUGAUACUGCUAUCCAUUGUGGCACUACAUCUGUGAAGAUGUCCAAGAUGUGAAAUGUUUGCUGGGUUCUCAGUUAUUCUCAUCAAGGCUUAUAUGUAGCCAAUUCAGUUUUGAUGAAUACAUUCAAAUGUAGAGCAUUUUAUAAAUACUAGCACCUGGCUAUUUGUUGUUGUUUUUUUAAACGCAGAAUGCAUAUGUUUCAUUUCUUCUUUUACUAUGAUCUAUAAACCCAUAUUUAAUUUAUCCACUUGCAGCUGGUGCACUAUUUUUGUUGAAGCAGGCUUAAAAAUCUGGCAGGAGGCCUUCCUGCUUUCUUGCUCUUUUCAGUGUUGCAAUGUUAUUUUGCACAAUUGGCGCUUUCUGGGUGGUUUCUUGACUUUUUUUCUAAAGCUGAAGCCUUUCUCUAAAACUUGCCUCUGCCUAGCCUUCCACUCUUCCCACAGGUGAACUGAUAAUCCUAAGGCUUGGCUGCUGCUGUGUUUAGAGGUGUACAAGUUAAUUAGUUCUUGUGCCGCAGUGUGGAAAUUUAUUUUCAGGUUUUCCUAUAAGGGUUUCAUGUGCCUUGUAAUGUAUGGAAGUUGAAGUUUUCAUUUGGAAGAAAACUUUAGAUCGUCUCUUAUUUAGUGACAGUAUACAUCCACAUUAUGCAGAUGACAAUAUUUUGUUCUUUGACCUGGUUCAUUACAUUUUUUUUCAUGUGACAAAAGAAAUGUUUAUAGUUACCUGUUAAAUUUCCUUUUUGGGGGUCACUAAUUUCUAUUUGAGAGAAUACUGAAAAGUAUGUGAGUUGAAAAUAGGUUAAAUUUACAUAAUCUUAUUUAUGGCUGAUAGUCUUGUAAUUCCAUAUGUUUUAUAUUUAACAUAAAAGUUUGGUCUGACAUGCUCUUCUCCCACUUAGUGUUUCUUAAAAUUAUUGUUUGUUGUUUGGUUUUACAUUACAUGCUUUUUCCAGGGAAUUACUUUCUCAACUUUUAGUACCUUGAAAAAAAAAAUUUUUUUUCCCUAAUGAUCCUCUUGAAACUAGAACCUUCUCGAAUAAAUGAAGACCUUCAUUUGUUUUAUUGAAGCCUUUUGAGUGGUUAUUCUAUCUGCAGUUAUAGUGCUCUAGACUCUGAUUUCUUUAAAAAGUUAGACAAACCGUGGUUAAUGACUUACUUUUCAGAGGUUACUUUGCAGUUAGCUGGUGGUCUAAAGUGGAAAUAAGCUUCAAAGAGGGGUUGGUUAUCUCUUAAAUUCCUUUAUCUCUUAAAUUCCUUUUCCCAGUCUUUCUGUUUGCUGCCCUUCAUUUUUUUUUUUUUUAACUUUGUAGCUGUCUUGGUUUUAUUGCUCCCAGAUGAAUUCUUUUCUAUUGGCAAUAUUAAAGUAAGGGUGAUUUAGAAGAAUUGGGGUUUUAAAAUCUGUUUAUUGAAGUUCUGGAGGCUAGCUGCUGGGGCAUUUUUCUUUGUGGAAAGUAAGCAGAAAUAAAUGGACAAAUAGUCUGAAAUGCCAGUGAGUGUUGCCAAGUAAUGUGCUGACAGCUGGGCCUGACAGUGAUUCCUCACCACUAGGCAUUCCUGACCUGUCCCCUUCUCACCUCUGUCCCCUGCCACCACCCCCUCUCCCAGCAACAAAAAUCUGGGAGGAAUGCCUGUUCCCGUUUUAGAGAACUACUUGGAUAUUCACGACAGUUUUUCAGACAGAAUGUCGACAGUGUCUCUUUGAACUUAGUAAUAAGGUUCUCCUUUUUAUCAGGUUCUUUACCCUUCGUGCAGUUUUAAAAUCUGACUCAUAAACAGGCUGUCCAUCCCUUAUGGGUCAUCUUGCUCGGCUUGAAACAGCAGCACAGGCAGAAGCCCCAUUUGAGGCCCAUGACUUGAGACAUGACAAUUUGGCAUUGAUCAGGCGUCGAUUAGCAAGGUAAAAGUAACAGAACCAUGGCUCAGUUUCCAACACCUUUUGGAGGCAGCCUGGAUAUCUGGGCCAUAACUGUAGAGGAAAGAGCAAAGCACGAUCAACAGUUUCAUAGUUUAAAGCCAAUAUCCGGAUUUAUUACUGGUGAUCAAGCUAGAAACUUUUUUUUUCAAUCUGGGUUACCUCAGCCUGUUUUAGCACAGAUAUGGGCGCUAGCUGAUAUGAACAAUGACGGGCGAAUGGAUCAAGUGGAGUUUUCCAUAGCUAUGAAACUUAUCAAACUGAAACUGCAAGGGUACCAACUCCCUUCCACACUUCCCCCUGUCAUGAAACAGCAGCCGGUCGCUAUUUCUAGUGCACCAGCCUUUGGAAUAGGAGGCAUCGCCAGCAUGCCGCCACUCACAGCUGUUGCUCCGGUGCCAAUGGGAUCCAUUCCAGUUGUCGGAAUGUCUCCACCUCUAGUAUCUUCUGUUCCUACAGCAGCAGUGCCUCCCCUGGCUAACGGGGCUCCCCCUGUUAUACAACCUCUACCCGCAUUUGCUCAUCCUGCAGCCACAUUGCCAAAGAGCUCUUCCUUCAGUAGAUCUGGUCCAGGGUCACAAUUAAACACUAAAUUACAGAAGGCACAGUCAUUUGAUGUGGCUAGUGCCCCUCCCGCGGCAGAAUGGGCUGUCCCUCAGUCAUCCAGACUGAAAUACAGACAGUUAUUCAAUAGUCAUGACAAAACUAUGAGUGGACACUUAACAGGUCCCCAAGCAAGAACUAUUCUUAUGCAAUCAAGUUUACCACAGGCUCAGCUGGCUUCAAUUUGGAAUCUUUCUGACAUUGAUCAAGAUGGAAAACUCACAGCAGAAGAAUUUAUCCUGGCUAUGCACCUGAUUGAUGUAGCGAUGUCUGGCCAACCACUGCCACCUGUCCUGCCUCCAGAGUACAUUCCACCUUCCUUUAGACGAGUUCGAUCUGGCAGUGGUAUAUCUGUCAUCAGCUCAACGGCAGUAGAUCAGAGGUUACCAGAGGAACCAGUUUUAGAAGAUGAGCAACAACAGCUAGAGAAGAAAUUGCCCGUAACAUUUGAGGAUAAGAAGCGUGAGAAUUUUGAGCGUGGCAACCUGGAACUGGAGAAGCGGAGGCAGGCUCUCCUGGAACAGCAGCGCAAAGAGCAGGAGCGCCUGGCCCAGCUCGAGCGCGCGGAGCAGGAGAGGAAGGAGCGGGAGCGCCAGGAGCAGGAGCGCAAGAGACAACUGGAGCUGGAGAAGCAACUGGAAAAGCAGCGGGAGCUAGAACGGCAGAGAGAGGAGGAGAGGAGGAAGGAAAUCGAGAGACGGGAGGCUGCAAAACGAGAACUUGAAAGGCAACGACAACUUGAAUGGGAACGGAAUCGAAGACAAGAACUACUCAAUCAAAGAAACAAAGAACAAGAAGACAUAGUUGUACUGAAAGCAAAGAAAAAGACUCUGGAAUUUGAAUUAGAAGCUCUAAAUGAUAAAAAGCAUCAACUAGAAGGAAAACUUCAAGAUAUCAGAUGUCGAUUGACCACCCAAAGGCAAGAAAUUGAGAGUACGAACAAAUCCAGAGAGUUGAGGAUUGCAGAAAUCACCCAUCUACAGCAACAGUUACAGGAGGCUCAGCAAAUGCUUGGAAGACUUAUUCCAGAGAAACAGAUACUCAAUGACCAAUUAAAACAAGUUCAGCAAAACAGUUUACACAGAGAUUCACUUCUGACACUCAAAAGAGCGUUAGAAGCAAAAGAAGUGGCUCGUCAGCAACUCCGAGACCAACUGGAUGAAGUUGAGAAAGAAACCAGGUCGAAACUACAGGAGAUUGAUAUUUUCAAUAAUCAGCUGAAGGAACUGAGAGAAAUACAUAAUAAGCAACAACUCCAGAAACAAAAGUCCAUAGAGGCCGAACGUCUGAAACAGAAAGAACAAGAGCGAAAGAUCAUAGAAUUAGAAAAACAAAAAGAAGAAGCCCAAAGACGAGCUCAGGAGAGGGACAAGCUGUGGACUGAGCACACGCAGCCGGACAAUGAGCAGCAGCGGCCAAGGAAGAUUCACGAUGAAGAGAAACUCCGAAGGGAGGAGAGUGUCAAGAAGAAGGACGGCGAGGAGAAGGGCAAACCGGACACACAGGACAAGAUGAGUCGGCUUUGCCAUCAGCAUCAAGAACCCGCCAAGCCAGCUGUCCAGGCACCCUGGUCCACCACAGAAAAAGGCCCACUUACAAUUUCCGCACAGGAGAAUGUAAAGGUGGUGUAUUACCGAGCGCUCUAUCCCUUUGAAUCCAGAAGUCAUGAUGAGAUCACGAUCCAGCCCGGAGAUAUAGUAAUGGUUAAAGGGGAAUGGGUGGAUGAAAGCCAAACUGGAGAACCGGGCUGGCUUGGAGGAGAAUUAAAAGGAAAGACAGGAUGGUUCCCUGCAAACUAUGCAGAGAAAAUCCCAGAAAACGAGGUUCCUGCUCCAGUCAAACCUGGGCCCGACACGACCUCUACCCCUGCACCCAAACUGGCCGUGCGUGAGACCCCCGCUCCUGUGGCUGUGACCGCUCCAGAGCCCUCCACGACCCCCAACAACUGGGCUGAUUUCAGCUCCACGUGGCCCACCAGCACGAAUGAGAAGCCAGAAACCGACAACUGGGAUGCGUGGGCAGCCCAGCCCUCACUCACCGUCCCAAGUGCAGGCCAGCUACGGCAGAGGUCAGCCUUCACUCCAGCCACGGCCACGGGCUCGUCUCCAUCCCCUGUGUUAGGCCAGGGUGAGAAGGUGGAGGGGCUACAAGCGCAAGCCCUGUAUCCUUGGAGAGCCAAAAAAGACAACCACUUAAAUUUUAACAAAAAUGAUGUCAUCACCGUCCUGGAACAGCAAGACAUGUGGUGGUUUGGAGAAGUUCAAGGUCAGAAGGGUUGGUUCCCCAAGUCUUACGUGAAACUCAUUUCAGGGCCCAUAAGGAAAUCUACAAGCAUCGAUUCUGGUUCUUCAGAAAGUCCCGCUAGUCUAAAGAGAGUAGCGUCUCCAGCAGCCAAGCCAGCCGUUUCGGGAGAAGAAUUUAUUGCCAUGUACACUUACGAGAGUUCUGAGCAAGGCGAUUUAACCUUUCAGCAAGGGGAUGUGAUUUUGGUUACCAAGAAAGAUGGUGACUGGUGGACAGGAACAGUGGGCGACAAGUCUGGAGUCUUCCCUUCUAACUAUGUGAGGCUUAAAGAUUCAGAGGGCUCUGGAACUGCGGGGAAAACAGGGAGUUUAGGAAAAAAACCUGAAAUCGCACAGGUGAUUGCCUGCUACACUGCCACAGGUCCCGAGCAGCUCACCCUGGCCCCUGGUCAGCUGAUUUUGAUCCGAAAAAAGAACCCAGGUGGAUGGUGGGAAGGAGAGCUGCAAGCACGUGGGAAAAAGCGCCAGAUAGGCUGGUUCCCGGCUAAUUAUGUAAAACUUUUAAGCCCCGGGACGAGCAAAAUCACUCCAACGGAGCCAGCGAAGCCGACGGCGUUACCGGCAGUGUGCCAGGUGAUCGGCAUGUACGACUACAUCGCCCAGAACGACGAUGAACUGGCCUUCAACAAGGGCCAGAUCAUCAACGUCCUCAACAAGGAGGACCCCGACUGGUGGAAAGGAGAAGUCAAUGGACAAGUGGGGCUCUUCCCCUCCAACUACGUGAAGCUGACCACAGACAUGGACCCAAGCCAGCAAUGGUGUUCAGACUUACACCUCUUGGAUAUGCUGACCCCCACUGAAAGAAAGCGGCAAGGAUACAUCCAUGAGCUCAUUGUGACAGAGGAGAACUAUGUGAAUGACCUCCAGCUGGUCACAGAGAUCUUUCAGAAACCCCUGAUGGAGUCUGAGCUGCUGACAGAGAAAGAGGGUGCUAUGAUUUUUGUUAACUGGAAGGAGCUGAUUAUGUGUAAUAUCAAACUACUGAAAGCGCUGAGAGUCCGCAAGAAGAUGUCUGGGGAGAAGAUGCCUGUGAAGAUGGUCGGCGACAUCCUGACCGCCCAGCUGCCGCACAUGCAGCCCUACAUCCGCUUCUGCAGCUGUCAGCUCAAUGGGGCUGCCCUGAUCCAGCAGAAGACGGACGAGGCCCCGGACUUCAAGGAGUUUGUCAAAAGACUGGCAAUGGACCCUCGAUGUAAAGGGAUGCCACUCUCUAGUUUUAUACUGAAGCCUAUGCAACGGGUAACAAGAUACCCACUGAUCAUUAAAAAUAUCCUGGAACACACUCCUGAAAACCACCCUGACCACAGCCACUUGAAGCACGCCCUGGAGAAAGCGGAGGAGCUGUGCUCCCAGGUGAACGAAGGGGUGCGGGAGAAGGAGAACUCCGACCGGCUGGAGUGGAUCCAAGGCCACGUGCAGUGUGAAGGCCUGUCUGAGCAACUUGUGUUCAAUUCAGUGACCAACUGCUUGGGGCCACGCAAGUUUCUGCACAGUGGGAAACUCUACAAGGCCAAGAGCAACAAGGAGCUGUAUGGCUUCCUCUUCAACGACUUCCUCCUGCUGACCCAAAUCAUAAAGCCCUUGGGCUCAUCUGGCACGGACAAAGUCUUCAGUCCCAAAUCGAACCUGCAGUACAAAAUGUACAAAACACCUAUUUUCCUGAAUGAGGUUCUAGUAAAAUUACCCACUGACCCUUCUGGAGAUGAGCCCAUCUUCCACAUCUCCCACAUUGACCGAGUCUACACCCUCCGAGCCGAAAGCAUAAAUGAAAGGACUGCCUGGGUGCAGAAAAUCAAAGCUGCUUCAGAACUCUAUAUAGAGACUGAGAAAAAGAAGCGGGAGAAGGCGUACCUGGUCCGUUCCCAAAGGGCAACAGGUAUUGGAAGGUUGAUGGUGAACGUUGUUGAAGGCAUUGAGCUGAAACCCUGUCGGUCACAUGGAAAGAGUAACCCGUACUGUGAGGUGACCAUGGGCUCCCAGUGUCACAUCACCAAGACGAUCCAGGACACUCUGAAUCCCAAAUGGAAUUCCAACUGCCAGUUCUUCAUCAAAGACCUGGAGCAGGAGGUCCUCUGCAUCACCGUGUUUGAGAGGGACCAGUUCUCUCCAGACGAUUUUUUGGGUCGGACAGAGAUCCGUGUGGCCGACAUCAAGAAGGACCAGGGUUCCAAAGGCCCAGUUACAAAGUGUCUCCUGCUACAUGAAGUCCCCACAGGGGAGAUUGUGGUCCGCUUAGACCUGCAGCUGUUUGAUGAGCCAUAGGGAGCAGGCCCUGGUGUGCUGGUAGACUUCCUACAGCCCAAGGCAGCAGGUGGGAUCUGGACAUGGGAUUGCUUUUCUAAGACCACCGUUGGAUGUUCAGCCACAGGGCAACGGGACAGUGAAGACAGGCCCCUCAAAACUUUUAGGAAUAAUUCUUGACAAUCCUUCCCCCGCCCCCAAACAAGUUCCCAUUUUAUGAAGCAGAACUGUCUUCCUUCAUCCUCACUGCAGGCCUCAUCAUGGCUUCAAGGGUCUUUGAAAUCCCAUAGCCCCCAGCUAGAUUUGGUUGGGAGUCUGGCCCAUCCCUGGGCUCGAGGCUUGGGUCUGGUCACUGUAAAAUAGAUUUAUAAAUGCAAUGUCUGUAUUUUUGGAGAACUCAUGUAACCUUCCACCAGUCCCCAGAUAGGCCCCUGGGGCCAUGAUGCCUAGUCCUUCGUGUGUUUUAGAAGUAACUAUGAAGGUCUUGCCAUUGCUUCAGAAUCUUAUUCCCCAACCGGGACCUUAUUUGAAAUGCUGCCCUGGAUAUGAUCAGUCGGGGAGGUGGUCUCCAAAUCAGACAGUGGGCUAGCUCUUUGAAGAGCUGGUCCAUGGAAGAUUCUAGCAGGUGCAUUGUUAGAGCCCUUCCAGUGCCCUCCAGGUCUUUUAUUGAUAGAUGUCAAUGAAAACUAUCACUAGCUACCUUCAGGUGACCCAGUUUUGAUUUCCAGCAUGCUUGGAAGAUGGUUAAGGAAGCUUGUUAUCUACAAAGUUAUACUUUGUUGGAUUAGAUCACCACAGGUCACCUGAAAGGCUACUUUACAAUGUCAUUGGGCCCUGGUUGCCAGCCCAGUUGGAAAAUUCUCUUUGGUUUGGAGGUCCUAUGAUGUUUCAUGACAAGAGUAAUCUCUGGUGACCAGCUCUGAGCCUGCUUUUGCUUGAAUGUGCCGGAUCCUGAUUGUCAUGGGAAAUUCUAGCAGCUGUCUUUGGUGUGUUCCCAAGAAAGAAACGUCCCCAAGACGUGAAAAGGAAAAGUCACGAUCCGGAAGUGGGAUGGAAAGAUGUAAAGGAACUCCAUUACAUGCUGGGGGGAAGGCCCUAGGAGCGUACACGCCUCACAAAUCUGGGGAGGAAGACCCAAGACUCGUUCCCAUAUUCUUCCAUACGCAACCAACCUCUCAGUAAUGGAAACCCAUGUGCUUGUUGCCAGAGUCAGGAACGUAUGACCAUGUGCCAAGCUGUUUGAUUUGAGUUCUUUGAUUUUUUUCCCCCCCUUAAUAGCCAGGAGAUAGGCUGGUUAACUAGAUAAUAACUCGAUUUGCUAAUGAUAAGUGUGGGCCGUAUUUUGUUCGCAUGUUAAUGUUCUCCUAAUCCCAGUUUGUUGUGGUCAUGACAUGUUCUUUGCAUGUUCUCUUGGUACUGGAGUCCAGCUUUCCUGUGUUAGACAGUGUUCUCUUCGAUUGUAGGUCCUAAUUUAACUAGGGUUGUAGAAGUGCUUUGUAAGUGGUAGCAUUAACAUAGUGGCCGAGUCUCCACUUUGCUGGGAACUGAAUGCAUAGUGUCAUAAUUUCCCAUAAGAGCUCUGUCAUAUUUCAAGCAAUUUUUAAAAUGUGUGUGUUAGAAAGGGCGACAAAGUUUACAUUUCAUACUUUUAAGAAACACUUUAUUAUUUAUUUAUUGAAGAUAGCGUAGAAUUUUGUAUCGCGAACAAACAGACAUGAGUAUUUUUUAAAACAGACACACCCUUUAGUUAGAAACUUUCAACUGAACACUGUUACAGACCAAGGUGAACUUCAGGCAUGCAUUUGUUUACCACUUCCCAGAAGAAGAUAUAGUGAAAAUACCUUAGGUUUAUAUUUUUUUGACGUUGUUAAGAAACUGUGUGGAAUUAAAUCUAUAAAUAGACAUACAA